CGUCGCGGCGUCAGUGUGCUGCCAGACGCCGCUGCGCCGCUACCUUCACCUGUUUCAAUUUCCAACGCGUAUUCACGAGACUUUGAGAGCGUUCGCUUUUGUUUUGCUGCAGGCGUCGCUGGACGUCGCACAACGAUCGUGUUUUGUUUUACGCCUGGGGUGAUUGUUUUUUUUGCACGGAAAUAUGUAAAAUUAGAUCAACACAAAUGUCCAACUGAAUUUCCACUACCAAAAAUUAACUAAAACAUCCUGAAAAUCACCAUGGACUCAAAACCUUCAAAAUCGUCUUGGCAAGACCGCCUGUUUGGCAAAAAACUCAUCAAAUGCGAACUACUAAACAACCAGACCGAUUCAAACCCGUUUUUACCAAGCGAAGUGCUAAAAAACACGGAAAUAUUGGGGAUAUACUUCUCCUUUGCCAACAUAAAUCUACAGAGCGACGAUUUUAUCAAAAAAUUGCACGAUCUUUACGAUAGGUUGAACGUUGAUGAUGCAAAAGAUACCAAAAACCAUGCAGAUAAAAAAUUGGAAGUUGUUCAGAUUGUGAUGUGGGCUCACAACGAUGUGUACAGUGAUUUUGAAGCCAGUCAUAGAGAUUCCCUACUUGGUUUACCAUGGUAUGCUGUACCAUUCAGUGAAAUCGACUUGAAGACCCGCCUUUCUCGGAGAUACCGGAUUAAAUCAGGGGUACCAACGCUAGUUUUGCUGGACAAAGAGGGGGGUACUGUCAGUAUAUCGGCGCAGGAUCGGCUUUUGGAGGACCCAUGUGGAAAUUCUUUUCCGUGGAGACCCAGGCCGGUCGAUCAGGUUCUUAAAGAUGUAACUCUACAACCUGGCAACGUUUAUUUCAAAGAACAUCAAAAUUCCACCAAAGAAGAUGUCCGGUACAACAAUUUACCGGAUGGUAUACGUGGUUUUUACUUUUCUGCGAACUGGUGUCCACCAUGUAGAGCUUUCACGCCACAACUAGCCGAUGUUUACAGACUUAUAAGGAAAAAAGAACCUGGUUUCGAAAUAAUAUUCGUAAGCAGCGAUAGAAGUUUGGAAUCGUUCUCGGCCUACUCGGAAAACAUGCCGUGGCUGAUGGUACCGUUCCAACAGACGGCCGUCAGGGCCGAACUGGCCCAACUGUACGGGAUAAGGGGCAUCCCCACUCUACUCCUGUUGGACAGUAAUGGUCACGUGAUAACGAUGGACGCGCGCACAGAGUUGAUCGAGGAUCCGACCGCGCAGAAUUUUCCUUGGCGCCCUAGGGCAGUUAACGUGCUCACCGAGAGAUAUGCAACCAAAUUACACGACUAUCCUGCAGUUGUUUUAUUUGUUGAUGGUGAGGAGACAGAGCUACAAUUCGCUGAGUCAGUCUUAACCCCAACUGCAGAAAAAUACUAUAAAAAAUACAACAUAAACUUCAGCUCUUUGCAGGACGAGUUUUUCAGUAAUUUUGAGGAUGACUCGUUCCUACAAUUCCUGAUUGGUUUGGACUCCGAAACAACCGACAUUCUCCGCGAUCUGAUUGGUUUGGACGAUGUGGUACCCCUAUUGGUGGCCAUAGACAUACCAAAUAGAAAAUUCGCUGUCAUGGAGUAUGGGGUGGAGAUAACCGUUAACAGUGUUUCGGAUUUUGUUGAGAAGUACCAAAAAGGAGAGGUUAAGUUUGUCGAUAUAAAUGAUAGAGUAGAAGGUAAUAACUAGACUAAUAAUAAAAGUAUUGGAUACAGUAGAAUAUCUUACCUAUUUUAGAAUAGUUAUAGUUGACAAAAUUCUAAAUCAAAAUACUGCCAAAGUUUCAUAUUUUUACCUGUAAAUAUUUUUAUAGUACUUAAUGUUGUUACUAUUGUAGGAAAAUAAUAGUUAUUUAAUAAAAUAAAAGUCUCAAAUGCGUAAAAUUAAUUUAUUUAUUACUGGUAAAAAAAAUCUUAAUGGGUGAAAUUCAAAAAAAUAUAUACAAAUUAAAUAAAUACUAUGUACAGUGGAAAAAUUAUGUGAAUUUAACGAUAAAACAAACAAAAAAUGCUUAAUUUAAAAUCAAAUAAUUAUCACAAAUUUAAAUUAACUAUGUUAAAAGGGCCGUAAGGGCAUCAAAAAAUCUAGUUCUAUCUUUCGUAUGCAAUU